AUGGCAGAUAAAGUGGAAAAGAGUUCAAAAAAGAAGCAUUCCAAGGUCCACAAGCACAUUAGAAAUGUGAUUAUCAGCAUGGCGGUUUGUAUUCUUGAGUGUCGAUCGAGUUUCACAGAUGGGAGGUUAAAAGAGGAAGAAGAAAUUGGCAAAGAAAAUAUAGAAAUGGAUAGGAGGAUAAAGAGACUGGAUAAAGUGGGAAAGGAAAUAAGAAAAGAGGGUAAAGAGGUCAACAGAGUUCGAAUCCUCCAUUUCUGCUUUCUACAGUUCUCUUUUCUUCCCGUUCUAUCUGCCCAGUGCCCACGAUUCUACAUUUCAAAGCGAUUUCGUUUCAGAACCUUAAGAAGCAGGAAUAGAAGUCUUAUGGAGAAAAGCGAAGAGAUCGAAGCUGCGAGGAAGCGCAUGAAACCGGUGGAGGAAAAAGACGGAGAUGCAGCUGCAAUAGAAGAAGAGACAACGACGAAUUUGACGGGAUCUGAAGAAAUGGAGCUCAAUAUUGCUCGUCUUCUCGAAAGGAUUGAACGCUUCACUGAACAGGUUACAGAGUUGCUGGAAGCGGGAAAGACGAUGUUUAAGGAACUCAGUAAUGAAUUUGAAGAGCGGAUGAUCGCAAUUCACAGAGAACAAAUUGAGAAAUGGCAAGAGGAGAUUAAGGAUCUGAGGUUGGUGGAUGCCUCAAACGAGGAGGUCAUCACUCUUCUGAAUAAUGCUCGCUUUCUGCUUCAGAAUUUUCAUGCUGACCAAUGCAGGUAAAAUAAAAUCCCAAGGAAAAUUCAUCUUUGUAGCAGUGAACCAAAUAUUCAAGUUUACCUUGGUGCCCAUCUCGUACAUGUUAGAUCAGUAUCCGGGUGUACUGAACAUUUGGAUCAGCCAAAUUUAUUUCGUUAGUCACCAUCUAAAACAUGGGUUUAAUCACGGAGUGAUUCAGCAUGACUUAUAAAUUUGAUCUUGACAAGCUUUCGUUUUUUCUUUGGGAUGUGGGUGCAGCAGUGCAGG